UUCUCCCCACCGAUCGAUAUAACCUCCGAUCAGCUGUCAAAAAUGUAAGAAUUGAAAUUCACAGUACAAGUACACCCAGUUGAAGGAUGCCCAAACCCAAAUCCCAUCUGAAAUCAGCGCCCCCGAAGCGGGCUCCUACCCGUCCGACACAGUUAGCACCAUCCCCACCGAUUCCGAUGCCGAUACCAUGCAGAACGAAACUGAUGGACAUGCCGGAGGAUAUUAUCCUACGGCUCUACGACUUUCUGCCCGCCCUCUCCGAUAAGGUGCGUCUAGCCUGUACGGCAUCCAAAUUUCGUGGCGCCUUCGAGAGCUGGUCCCGCACCCAGCGACACAGCCUGGACGUGGAGCAUUUGGAACCGAUGCGUCUGCCGGAACUCAUUUGUUUCUUUAAGGUUACUGGUCCCUACAUUCGCAUUCUCCACGUGGACUGUGCCGCCUUCCAAAAGGAAUCCCUCCUGGUGGAAUUCAUUUCGGAGUUUUGUCCGAAUCUCGAGGAGAUCUUCUAUACAAAUGUCACCGAUGAGUUCCAUUAUCGCACCAUUAUGUCCAGGAUGACGCGUCUGAAGAAGGUCUGCAUCGAUUGCAUGGACGCCGAGGAUGUCCUUAACUUUGAUCUGCAGGCUAACCAGAAUCUGGAACAUUUUGAAUUAGUUAACGGUUGCUAUACAGGAAAACAUCUAUGCGGCUUUCCCAAACUUCAAACACUGGUCCUUCGAGAUUGUCUUUUGUGGAAUUCGGGGGAGUUUGGAAUACCUCUGAAGUCGUUGAAGGUUCUGGACCUGGACGAUUGCUGCUUUGAAGUGAUGAACCAAAGCCUAUACAAGAAGAUAGCCGAGUGCUGUUUGGAACUGGAGGAACUCUCCUUUUCCGGCUGCGAUACCAAUUUCGAGGUCAUAGCCGCUCUGCCGAAACUUCAGAAAUGUACCCUGAAAACUUGGAUGACCUCAAACGAACUGAACAUCGGAUUCUUAACCGUUUUGGCCGAGAACAAGGGCAACAAGCUGACCCACUUGCAUUUAUCUGGACAGUUUCAGAUCUCCAAUGAGCACGCCCGGUGCCUGGGCCAGUUGAGUUCACUCAAGGAUCUGCGCUGGAGCAACAACGAUGUCCUCGAGGAUGAUCACUUCAAGUUCUUCAACGAUCUCAGCCAGCUGGAACAGUUCGGCUUGACAUGGUGUGGCCGGGUAAUGGACAUUGGAAUGAUGCGUCUCAUCCGAAAGUGUCUCGAACUGAAGGUAAUUGAAUUGAGGGACUGCGACGAGAUCACCAAUGAGUUCGUCAUCAAUGCCAUUGGAUAUUGUUCCAAGGGUGCCGGCCGGAAUUUGGUGAUCAAUGUCAAGGGUACCAGGAUCAGAGAGUCUAUGCUGCAGCACCCUGAUUAUCUUUCUCCCAUGAACCACGUAAAGCUAAACAUUCUUCCAGAUUUUUGAGUUUUUUCUUGAAGGAAUAAUUUAUUUAAGAAAUUUAUGGGGUUUUUGUACCAUACUUGAUUUAGAUUUAAAAAAUUAAAGGCAUAUUUAUUUGACAAUGGUA